UAUGCAUCAGUCGUUCGUGAUGGCCAAAAAUUUACUAUCCCUGCUGAAGAAGUGGUUGUUGGAGACAUUGUGGAAGUGAAAGGUGGGGACAGGAUUCCAGCAGAUAUGAGGGUGCUUUCAAGCCGAGGGUUUAAAGUGGAUAAUUCUUCUUUGACUGGAGAAUCAGAGCCACAAACUAGAUCUCCAGAAAUGACUCAUGAAAAUCCACUAGAAACAAGAAACAUUGCAUUUUUCUCAACUAAUUGUGUCGAGGGAACGGGAACAGGAGUCGUAGUUAACACAGGAGACAGAACUGUAAUGGGUCGAAUUGCCAACCUAGCUUCUGGUCUUGAAAUGGGAGACACUCCUAUAUCCAGAGAAAUUGCUCACUUUAUCCACAUAAUUACUGGAGUUGCAGUCUUUCUUGGUGUCAGCUUCUUCAUUGUUGCUUUCAUCCUUGGCUACUACUGGCUUGAUGCUGUUAUCUUCUUGAUUGGCAUCAUUGUUGCUAAUGUUCCUGAAGGCCUGCUUGCUACUGUAACUGUAUGCUUAACUUUAACGGCCAAAAGAAUGGCUGCCAAAAAUUGUUUGGUGAAGAACUUGGAAGCUGUAGAAACCUUAGGGUCCACUUCCACUAUCUGCUCUGAUAAGACAGGAACGCUGACCCAGAAUCGUAUGACAGUUGCCCACAUGUGGUUUGAUAACCAGAUCAUUGAAGCUGACACUACUGAGGACCAGUCAGGUGUGCAGUAUGAUAAAUCUUCUUCUGGUUGGAAGGCUUUAUCACAAGUAGCUGCCCUGUGUAGUCGUGCUGAGUUUAAAGGAGGUCAAGAAAAUGUACCAAUUUUGAAAAAAGAAUGUGCAGGUGAUGCAUCAGAAUCUGCUAUUUUGAAAUGUAUGGAACUUGCUGCAGGAAGCAUCCAAGAGUUUCGUAAACGUAAUCCUAAAGUGUGUGAAAUUCCUUUUAACUCUACCAACAAAUAUCAUCUCACUAUUCAUGAAACACAAGAUGAAGAUUCAAGCUAUAUCUUGUGCAUGAAAGGAGCUCCAGAACGAAUCUUGGACUUGUGUGCUACCAUCUACAUAAAUGGGAAGGAUAAAGUCCUUGAUGAAGAGAUGAAAGAAGCUUUUAACAAUGCUUAUUUGGAACUGGGAGGACUUGGAGAACGUGUGAUUGGCUUCUGUGACUUUAAACUUCCAGCAGACAAGUUUCCACCAGGAUACCCAUUUGAUGCUGAAGAGAUGAAUUUUCCAAUGACAGGCAUGCGAUUUGUAGGACUCAUUUCUAUGAUUGAUCCUCCACGUGCUGCUGUUCCUGAUGCUGUUGCUAAGUGUCGAAGUGCUGGUAUUAAGGUAAUCAUGGUGACAGGCGACCAUCCAAUCACAGCAAAAGCAAUUGCAAAGGCUGUUGGAAUAAUAUCAGAAGGCAACGAAACAGUUGAGGACAUAGCCCAAAGAUUGAACAUUGCAGUUGAAGAAGUGAACCCCAGGGAUGCAAAAGCGGCCGUUGUCCAUGGAUUUGAUUUGCGAGAAAUGUCUUUGGACUACUUGGAUGAUAUUUUAAAAUAUCAUACUGAGAUUGUGUUUGCCAGGACUUCACCACAACAGAAGCUUAUCAUUGUGGAAGGUUGUCAACGUUUGGGUGCAAUUGUAGCUGUGACAGGAGAUGGUGUCAAUGAUUCACCUGCUUUGAAGAAAGCUGAUAUUGGUGUUGCUAUGGGUAUUGCUGGAAGUGAUGUAAGCAAACAGGCUGCUGAUAUGAUACUCCUUGAUGACAACUUUGCAUCUAUUGUCACAGGUGUUGAAGAAGGUCGUUUGAUUUUUGACAAUUUGAAAAAAUCAAUUGCAUACACUCUGACUAGUAAUAUCCCUGAGAUCAGUCCUUUUCUGCUAUUUAUUAUUGCUGAUGUGCCACUUCCACUAGGAACAGUAACUAUUCUGUGUAUUGAUUUGGGAACUGAUUUGGUCCCUGCUAUCUCACUUGCUUAUGAGAAAGCUGAAAGUGACAUUAUGAAACGACAGCCACGCGAUCCACUUCAUGACAAAUUAGUUAAUGAAAGGUUAAUUUCCAUAGCAUAUGGACAAAUUGGAAUGAUCCAGGCUGCCUCCGGAUUUUUUGUCUAUUUUGUCAUUAUGGCAGAAAAUGGAUUCUGGCCAAACAGGCUACUUGGAAUUCGUGAAGAAUGGGAUUCAAAGGCUGUCAAUGAUCUCACGGACUCGUAUAAUCAGGAAUGGACCUAUUUUGACCGUAAGAUUUUGGAAUACACCUGCCAUACGGCCUUUUUUGUGUCAAUUGUAAUUGUUCAGUGGGCUGAUUUGAUUAUCUGCAAAACUCGUCGCAAUUCUGUUAUUCACCAAGGAAUGACUAACCAUAUAUUAAACUUUGGCUUAUUCUUUGAGACUGCCUUAGCUGCUUUCCUGUCCUACUGUCCAGGGAUGGACAAAGGUCUUCGUAUGUACCCAUUGAAAUUUAACUGGUGGCUACCAGCUCUACCUUUCUCACUUCUUAUUUUUGUCUACGAUGAAGUCAGGCGAUAUAUACUGCGUCGCAAUCCAGGAGGGUGGAUAGAAAGAGAAACUUAUUACUGAAGUUUCAUUUUUAUAUUUGUGAUGACAUUUAAAAGUGUGUUCCAGUUUAUCUGUUUGCUGUGCAGAGUUUCUGUAUUAUAGAUAUAGUCCUGAUAUGAAUCCAUUCUGCUAUUUUGUCUUUAACAUUCAGCUCUGUUUAUGUUGUCAAUUGUUCACUCUUUUACUAACCAAGAUAGUCAAGAAGUUGACAGAAUUAUAUUUCAUUUAUGUACCAUCCAUAAAAUUGCUUAUCUGCAACCAAUGUCCCAAUAAUCCAGAGAAAUUUAUUUGACUUCCCCACCCCCCACAUAAAGGAUUUUUGAUAGUGCAUUUCUUUGUAGAUAGUACUUUAUGUGUGGGUUUUAAAGAAUAUAUUGUCAUGUAGGAAACUAAUUUGUGACUUCUCUGUAUUUUAUAGGUUUAGAUACUCUAAAUUAUCAAACCAAGAUUGAAAUACAUCCUUUUUCAUUGUUAACCAUUUUUAGAUCCAGUAUUUUUUUUAACAAAAUUCGUUCAGUGUGUCAGGGUCACAGUUUCAGGUAUUUUUACUAGUUUAAUGUAGUCAGCCUUUUUCACAUUCCAUCUAGAAGUAUUAUCUUUUUAAUAUUUGGUUAUUUGUAAAGUGGCAAGUGUAACUACGUAAUAAAUUAUUAAACAGUUGUAGGCCAAUACAUGGGCUUGAAUCUCCAUGAAACUUAGUAUUACAUAUACAUUUCACAAAUAGUUACUUGGUAAAUGAGAACCAGGUUAUUUGUGGGCAUGCUGUAGUAAUGUUAAUGUGAACUGGCUUGAGAAAGGGAACAAUAAUGAUUUGUAGGCAUACUCUAUUAAAUGUUAACAUGAAGUCAGUUAGGAAAGAGGGGAACAGGGUGACUUGCAGGCAUACUGUAAUAAUAUUAAUGCUCAACUUUGGAUUAUUGUACAAAGAGCUACUUUCUGAAAAGUGGGAAAUUACUUAACCCUGGCUUUUACAUAGUUUCUCAGAAUUGGGAGAUUUAUUUACAUUAAAACUUAAAGUAAAUAAACACUUACUUUUUAAGCACUUAUCAGAACUUAAUAUCAUUUAUUUUUCUACAUUUGUUAGUGUUGAAGAAAAUUUUGAAUCUUACCAAAAUAAGUGACUGCUUUUACAUUAAUAAAUAUUAGUUUUGGUAAUAUUUUGAAUAAUUUUUGUUUAAUUGUCAUGGCAAUAUCAUGAGUAAUGGCUAGACUGUAGAUAAUUACUGCAUUGGUCAAGUUUACCUCUUAUUCUGUCUUUUUAAUAAUCAACUGAACUUAUACCAAGUUGUUCUACUUAAAUUUAUUAAGGAAUAUCUGUAAGAGUCACAACACAAUGAGAUCCAGUACCAACAAAAUAAUGAGAACAGUUUUAAGACAUUAAAGUUUGUCUCAGAAAUCAUUGAUAUGUUUGGAAAAAUGCUUGUAGUUUUUAAAAGUUAAUAAAAUUAUUUGAAUCCA